UUUUUCCAAAACAGGAGGCAUUUGGUUGGCAUUGAUUGUACGCUCGGUUGCUUCCGCCGGUCUGCAAUCCGAAGUCUGACGCCUUGUUACGUGACGCGGCCUAAAGUACGAGCGUGCGGUGCCCCUGUAUAGGUAUAGUUGAAGCUUCAAGUGCUACUUAGUUUUUGUUUGAACAGAAAUAAAAGUAAGUAAACGUUCGUUAAGAUGUCGAGAAUGGGAAAUUAUGAUGUUCCUCACGACGAUGGACCUGGUUUUGUUGGAAUUAAAUUCUGUCAAGAAUGCAACAACAUGUUGUAUCCUAAGGAAGAUAAGGAAAAUAAAGUUUUGAUGUAUGCUUGCAGAAAUUGUGAUUUCAAAACGCUUGCUGAGAGCAGCUGCAUUUAUGUCAAUAAAAUUAUGCACGAAAUUGAUGAAUUGACUCACAUUGUGGCUGAUGUGAUAUCUGAUCCAACUUUGCCAAGAACAGAAGAGCAUCCAUGUCCAAAGUGCAAUCAUCGAGAAGCAGUUUUCUUCCAAGCUUCCACUAGGCGAGCUGAAGAAGAGAUGAGACUUUAUUACGUCUGUACAAAUCAGCACUGCACGCAUAGAUGGACAGAAUAGAUUCUGUUAUUUAAUUAUAAUAUGUAUAAGUUCUGUAUAUAUAUUGUAUUAAGUUAAGCAUAUUUUAUAAUAAAACUAAUUUUUAGU